AUGACGAUCAUUUACGCAGCUGCCACAGCACCGGUGAACUCACCCGGGGUCUCCCCAGUUAUUACAAUGAAGCAACUUUGGGCAGGCUUGGAGCUGAAAGUUCGGUAUCCACAACUCUUCUUGGCCGUUAUCGAUACCUGCGAUGUGCUGGAAGACGAUGGCGAAACUGUCUUGCGCGAAGUCAAGUUCAAGGACGUAGGCAUGGCCCCAGUAAUCGGUCCAAAAGUCCAAGAAAAGAUUACAAGCAUCGCCCCCAUCUCAGUACAUUUCCUCUUCCCUUCAAUGGGAAAUGCCAGUAAGGUUCUGAACAUCGUUUCCUCUGGCAUGGAUGGCGAAUUGCUUCUCACAUUUACUUUUGAGUGGGAGCAUAAGGAGAUCGAGGAGGGGAGUGAGGAGGCGGUGAAGAAGCAGAACCAGUAUCAGGAGACUGCGCCGAGGGGCGUAGCGGGGACAAUUAGUGCAAUCAGGCAGAUGGUGAAAGAUGGGAAGCUUUGA